UGCAGGGCAGGGGUGGUAUAUCCAGUCUGACCGAGGGCGGGCCCCGCCAGUGCCAGCAGAGGGACGAGCCGGGGUGGAGGCGCCAGGAGCCGCCGCCGGGAGCCUCACGCGGACCUCUCACUCUAUGGCCCUCGGGAGCCGCUGAGCGCCAGCAGAGCCGCAGCCGCCCGCCCGCCCGCUCGCCCCGCCGCACCUCGCCGCCCCUCUCGGCUCUCGCACGCCCGGCCCGCGCCUCUCGCCGCCAUGAACCACUCGCCGCUCAAGACCGCCUUGGCCUACGAAUGCUUCCCCGACCAGGACAACUCGACGCUGGCUUUGCCGUCGGACCAAAAGAUGAAGACCGGCACGUCGGGCAGGCAGCGCGUGCAAGAGCAGGUGAUGAUGACCGUCAAGCGGCAGAAGUCCAAGUCUUCCCAGUCGUCCACCCUGAGCCACUCCAACCGAGGUUCCAUGUAUGAUGGCUUGGCCGACAAUUACAACAACUAUGGGACCACCAGCCGGAGCAGCUACUAUUCCAAGUUCCAGGCGGGGAAUGGCUCAUGGGGAUAUCCGAUCUACAACGGGACCCUCAAGCGGGAGAAUGACAACAGACGCUUCAGCUCCUACAGCCAGAUGGAGAACUGGGGCCGGCACUACCAACGGGGCAGCUGUAACGCAACGGGCGCCGGCAGCGACAUCUGCUUCAUGCAGAAAAUCAAGGCGAGCCGCAGCGAGCCCGACCUCUACUGUGACCCUCGGGGCACCCUGCGCAAGGGCACACUGAGCAACAAGGGCCAAAAGACCACCCAGAACCGCUAUAGCUUCUACAGCACCUGCAGUGGCCAGAAGGCAGUCAAGAAGUGCCCUGUGCGCCCGCCCUCCUGCACCUCCAAGCAGGACCCGGUGUACAUCCCACCCAUCUCCUGCAACAAGGACCUGUCCUUCGGUCACUCGAGGGCCAGCUCCAAGAUCUGCAGUGAGGAUAUUGAGUGCAGUGGGCUGACCAUCCCCAAGGCCGUGCAGUACCUGAGCUCCCAGGAUGAGAAGUACCAGGCCAUCGGGGCCUAUUACAUCCAGCACACCUGCUUCCAGGAUGAAUCGGCCAAGCAGCAGGUCUAUCAGUUGGGAGGCAUCUGCAAGCUGGUGGACCUCCUCCGGAGCCCCAACCAGAACGUCCAGCAGGCUGCGGCUGGGGCCCUGCGUAACCUGGUGUUCCGGAGCAUCACCAACAAGCUGGAGACCCGGAGGCAGAAUGGGAUCCGAGAGGCUGUCAACCUCCUGAGGAGAACCGGGAGCACUGAGAUCCAGAAACAACUGACUGGGCUGCUCUGGAACCUGUCUUCCACUGAUGAGCUGAAGGUGGAACUCAUCGCCGACGCCCUGCCUGUGCUGGCUGACCGGGUCAUCAUUCCCUUCUCCGGCUGGUGUGAUGGCAACAGCAAUAUGACCCGGGAAAUAGUGGACCCUGAGGUCUUCUUCAAUGCCACAGGCUGCUUAAGGAACCUGAGCUCUGCCGAUGCAGGCCGCCAGACCAUGCGAAACUACACGGGGCUCAUUGAUUCCCUUAUGGCCUAUGUCCAGAACUGCGUGGCCGCCAGCCGCUGUGAUGACAAGUCUGUGGAGAAUUGCAUGUGUAUCCUGCACAACCUCUCCUACCGCCUGGACGCCGAGGUGCCCACCCGCUACCGCCAGCUGGAGUACAACGCCCGCAAUGCCUACACGGAGAAGUCCUCCACCGGCUGCUUCAGCAACAAGAGCGAUAAGAUGAUGAACAACAACUACGACUGCCCCCUUCCGGAGGAAGAGACCAAUCCCAAGGGCAGCAGCUGGUUGUACCAUUCGGAUGCUAUCCGCACCUACCUGAACCUCAUGGGCAAGAGCAAGAAAGACGCCACCUUGGAGGCCUGCGCUGGUGCCCUGCAGAACUUGACCGCCAGCAAGGGGCUGAUGUCCAGUGGUAUGAGCCAGUUGAUUGGGCUCAAGGAAAAGGGCUUGCCCCAGAUUGCUCGCCUCCUGCAAUCUGGCAACUCUGAUGUGGUGCGGUCUGGAGCCUCCCUCCUGAGCAACAUGUCCCGCCACCCUGUGCUGCACAGAGUGAUGGGGAACCAAGUGUUCCCAGAGGUGACCAGGCUCCUCACCAGUCACACUGGGAACACCAGCAACUCGGAAGACAUCCUGUCUUCAGCCUGCUACACUGUGAGGAACCUGAUGGCCUCCCAGCCGCAGAUGGCCAAGCAGUACUUCUCCAGCAGCAUGGUCAACAACAUCAUCAACCUGUGCCGCAGCAGCACCUCGCCCAAGGCCGCAGAAGCUGCCCGCCUCCUCCUGUCUGACAUGUGGUCCAGCAAGGAGCUGCAGGGUGUCCUCAGACAGCAAGGUUUGGAUAGGAACAUGCUGGGAUCCUUAACUGGGCCAAACAGCUUCAGGAACUUCACCUCCCGAUUCUAAGAAGGGGCUGCUCAAGCAAGUACAGAUUGCAGAAAUGAUGUGACCCAGCUGAGAAGAACUCAGGCCUUGCUGGAGGGGUGACUCUGUCCACCCUGUGCAUUGUUUAGAAAGGUUCAAAUGCAAUUGAAAGCAAACCUGAAGGCUGUGGAUGAUGGAAAUAUUUUUAGAUUUUUUUUUUCCUUGGGGGAAC